UGGGAUUUGCAAGCAUCAGACAACUAAUAAAUCCAUAAAUUCCCGUUACCUUGGCCAUUUUCACGGUUGCAUCCUAGCUUACGAUAGCAUUGCGAAUUAACGUCACCGCAAACACUGGAACGAGCGAAGUGACUAGAGAAUGUCGUUGGUGCCUCCGAGUACAUGUGCUCAUACUCAUUUCAUACUUUGAUCCGAAUUCACAAUGCAGGAAGAACGUCGCAUUGCAACUGAUGAAGAGCACCUGCCAUGUGCGGAGAAAGAACAACCAUCCGUAUCGUCACCCAAGUCAAAAUCCAAAUCGAAAKCCAARACUAAAUCCAAAGCUACAAAGAAAAAGUUGACUACAAAUGACGAGCCUCUGUCGUCUGUGCUGACGAGUGAAAGCAACGUAAAAUCGACCAGAACAAAAACUAAAUCGACCAAAACAAAAAAGAUGAAAAGGAAAAAGMACUCGGAUGGCGGCGAGUCUCUUGGKAAUUCGUCUACUACACAUUCUACCGUUACACCAACAAUUGCGAAAUCUUCGUCGUAUCUUCCUCGACCCCAAGGAACGAAGAAAAAUAAUAAAAAUACAACGAAGAAAGGAGGUGUAUCGAGGACGAAGAGCCUCGAGCAAAGUUCAACCCCCAAGCGUGAUGUCGAAAGAUCGAAAAGCCUUGACUUAGCUGACAAGAUUGAUCGAUCAACAUUAUCUAUUGCACAUUUGUCUACCAAUCAAAAUCCUGGGAGAGGGCGAGGAAGUAGAGGAAGAGGAUCUCUGUCUCCAGUGGGUGGUAGGGGGCGCGGAAGAGUGCAGCAGCCAAGUCGUAGAGGACCCCCCAGAACUUCGAGAUCCUCUGAAAGAAAACCAAGCAGUGACAGAUCGAGAGCAAGUCGGAGUCGUUCGGGAGAUUCGGUAAGUAGUAUGACCUCAAGAGAAUCACGAGGACGGCGUCGACCGGGCGAAACCAUUUACAAAGCUCCUUCUCCCCUUUCACAAAAGACCACCAGUUAUCGUCAGGGUAUUYUGCGCCACAGCAGUCACCAUAGUCCACACAGUCCCAAAAGUAAAUACAAACGUAGUGUCUGUAUAAAUGAGCACAAUCUGCAUUCAAACUUUGACUCGGAUAUUGAAUCAGACGACGACAACGAUGACGAUCGCUCGWUUUACAUGGAAGGUGAAGGUGAAAAGUCGCAAAAGACGGUGUCAAGAACAUUGGUUAGAAGUCUCUCGAACUCUAUGAAAAAAAGUAUUCGUAAUUUUAUGACGAUGGAUAUGUCAGGACAUUCUCGAGGAUUGGGGACAGGUUCAUCUCCCCAGAAAAGCGCAACGCUGUCCAGAACUCCAUCAUCAGCAUCCAUCGCAAUGCUUCAACACCCUGAGUUCGAAGGUGAAAACAGAUUUAUUAGAGCAUUACGAUAUAUUCAUAUUCUGGCGCCACAUCCCAACGAACACCCCAUUAAAAAAAAUAUACGCAUCGUCACUUUGUUGGCUCUCUUCAUGGACUUUUUGAAUGCACUAGGUAAGAAAAGGUCAGAAAUGACAUUUCCCAUUUUCKCUUCGAACUCGUUUCUUACAAAGUCAUAUCAACCUCCGCUGUUCUACCAAAACGUUAAGUCGCCAUAAUUACAUAUGGCGGUAAAACUACUCAAUGUUGUGGAAAAUCCAUCAUGUCGGCUUUUUUUGGUGGCAAGAUUGAUUGGGACAAAACUAUUUUGGUCAUUACAUCUGUCUACAUGGCUCUGAUCUUUAUGGAAGUUCUACCCGUGAUGAGAGAUACUUUCCCCUUCAACUUGUUGAAUCCCUUCGUCGGUUUUCUCAUAACCUUCGCUGUCUUUUUUAGUGACAGCAYUAUGGAAGCAAUUAUUAUGUGGAUUGUCGAGGGCUUCGCCGUUGGGUGCGAGGUUCUCAGUUACCGGCUGAGAGUAAAGUUGUAUGGUGAACGCAAAGCCAAGCUAAAACAAGCAAAAAAGGAUAUCCAGGAAUUUCGAAAAAUUAAAAGGAAAGUGAAAAAUCAAUACGAAAAUGGAAAAUCCUCCAAAUCAAUAUCUCGACCUGGUUCAGAUGAUGCAUUGAGCAUCGGUCCGGAGAGCGACAGCAUKAUCGGAGACGAUUCCGUUUUUGACGAAGCGGAGAUGCAACAGAGUAGCACGAUUGCGAGCCGCAGUUCGCAUGAACAGACAACAAUGUCUGAUAUUGGAGAUCUACGGGAAACCCGCUUAUUACGAGAGCGCCGAGAACUGAUUACUUCCCAGUCUGAGGAUGAACGAGAUUUGCACAUCCAUCUAAUCGGAGUGAGUAUCAACGUCUCGUUGGUGAUCUUGUCCUUGUUAAUGAUUGUAAUCAUUGGUAAAAAUGGUGGAAUGUGCAUCAGGGGAAUGAAGUUCGGAAAUAUUUUUAAGAAUGAUCAGCUUGAUAAAUGCUAUACCUACAAGGCAUGUGUAGAUCCAGCUGAAUGUGAAGAAUAUUGUCCAACGGACGAAGACGGAGAACUGACAGAAGAAUCUCAAUGUUAUUACCCCUACGGGGUAGGAAAAUAAAAGUGCUAAACUGCAGUAGGUAAUAGAAGUUUUCAAAGAAGAGGUAAGCUUAUACAAUAGGUUGAAACACAGAUAGUUUGCAAUAGUUCCUCGAAAAACUAGUUUCUCAACAAAUAUUCAGCAAAGCCAGGGAUAUCAUUAAUACAAAUAUCUAAAAGUGACUGAAGACACAAAGUUCUUUUGGAUCGACUUGAAUUUUCAUUGAUUCACGGCAAUAUCUCCUAGCUCAAGCGGAUUCAAUGCCUUCUUCCCAAUGUAAGGCUCAAGGAACGACAGCGGUCUCCCCAUAGUCUUGCUGUACGACAACACUCCGGUAUCGACAUGCUCAUAUAUUAAGGUUGCUAUGUCAUUCUCAUUUCCAUUCGAUUUAUCAGCCCAUUCAAACAAGUAAGUCGCCCCUCGAAGGUCAAGAUGACGCUGAUCAGGAACGUAUUCUGCAAAAUUACUCAGCACUUCAAUCAUGACCCGGAGGCGAACAGUCGCUAAUUCUAAUGGACGCUGGUAUCCCGAUUCAUCCUUCCACGCUUGCUGGUACUUGAGUGGUCCAAGUUUUACAUCAGUGGUGCCGGUAAUCGCAAUAAAGGGGUCUUUGGAAUCUUCAUUAUUUAUGGCGGGAUCAGUUCCUCCGACAGUCACAAUCUCGUCUGACCGUAGGCGUUCGGGAGAUUUCUUAUCACCGAUGUAACCGCGAAGGAUCUCAGGCAAUGUAUCGGGGCUCGCGAUACCGGCGCACAUUGCCAUAUAAUUCAGCCACGAUCUGAAAAUUGCUUUGGAAUCUCGCUUAAUGUCGUCAUCCACGCCUACAUAAUCUGAAAACCAACUCAGAAAACUUUCUGGAACAAAUGAGGGUACAUCCCAAUUUGGCCCCCUGUGCAAACCUAGUGCUCGAUGGAGCUCGCCCUGGGGAUCCACGCGAAUUGAUUCCAAAUCCAACCCCGAAAAAUUCGCGAAGCGCCUCGCCGAAUUCGCGUUGCCAAUUCCUAUGAUGCGCAAUGUAAUUCUCGCUCGACGGAGAUCCUCUUUCACAUACGAGAGGAGCUCUGCAUACUCAGCUGAGUCAAAGUCCCCAAGUUGUGGCAUGAUAAUGACGAGAACAAAUUCUUUGUUUCUUGGUUUCUUGCUUGUGCCAACCAUUGCGGAUACCGUCUCGAAGAAAUUAUCGAAGUUUUUUGGCUUAAUUCCGUCGAGUGCCGUACUUUGUCUCCCUGAGAUUGGAUCCAGAACGAUCGCUUCAUUAAGUGUCGACCACACAUUAUUCGCCGAUGAUUUCAAGCUAAAGUCACCUCUACUUGACACCGAAGUGCUAUCGCUCAAUAUAUGUCGUCCUUGUAAGCAAGCAGUGAAAGAGCUUGUACUCCUCAGAAGCUGGAAGAAACAUAGGAAUACAAUAAUGUAUUUAGGAAGCCAAUUUGCACGAGCUUGCUGUGUUCGAGAAGGAAAUGCUUGAGUCAUUUGUGAAACUCCGUUCACCGUCGAUGGCAUCAUUUCCAGUCAACAAAAAUCUUUCUCAACA